AUGGUGGGGUAUGGUAAUGAGGAACAAGUUCUUGGAGGAGGAGUAGGAAGAGAAGAGCUUUCUCUUUCUCACCCUGACCCUAUUGUCUUAGAGCUCAACCGUUUACAAAACCUUCUCAAAGAGAAAGAAAGAGAGUUAGGGGCUGCACAAGGGGAAAUUAAGGCUUUGAGGGCAACUGAAGCUUUGAAGGAUAAGGCCAUAGAAGAGCUCAGGAAUGGAGUUAGUAAACUGGAUGAAAAGCUUGGUGUCACGAAAAAUCUUGUCGAGUGCAAGAAUCUUGAAAUCAAGAAGCUUACAAAUGAAAAGAAAGAUGCAUUAGCAGCACAGUAUGCUGCAGAAGCAACUCUUAGAAGGGUCCAUGCAAAUCAGAAGGAUGAUGAUUCUCUUCCUAUUGAGUCGGUCAUUGCUCCUCUUGAGGCAGAGAUUAAAAUGUACAAGAAUGAGAUUGCAGCUUUGCAGGAGGAUAAGAAGGCAAUGGAGCGUCUCAGCAAGUCAAAAGAGUUGGCUCUGCUUGAAGCAGAGGGAAUUUUGCGAAGUGCUUUAGAAAGGGCUUUAAUAGUUGAGGAGGUUCAGAACCAAAACUAUGAGUUGAAGAGACAGAUUGAAAUCUGCCAGGAGGAGAACAGAAUUCUAGAGAAGACGAAUCGCCAAAAAGUCUUGGAGGUUGAAAAGCUUAGCCAGACCAUUCAUGAACUUGAGGAGGCCAUUCUAGUUGCUGGAUCUGCAGCCAAUACUAUUCGCGACUACCGGAGGCAGAUUUCUGAGCUAAAUGAGGAGAAGAGGAUGCUGGAGAGGGAGCUAGCCAGAGCCACAGUUUCAGCAAACCGAGUUGCAACGGUGGUAGCUAACGAGUGGAAGGAUGAAAAUGGCAAGGUCAUGCCUGUCAAGCAAUGGCUUGAAGAGAGAAGGCUGCUGCAGGCGGAGAUGCAAAGAUUAAAAGAUAAGCUAGCUAUAUCGGAAAGAACAGCUAAUGCAGAAGCUCAAUUAAAGGAAAAAUUGAAGCUGAGGCUAAAGACAAUGGAAGAGGGCUUAAAGCACGCAUCUAGUUUCUCUGCGAACCCUAAUGCAUCCUGUGGAUCCCCUAAACCCGGAAAAACCAGUAACAUACUAGGAUUCCUAACGAGCAGCGGAGGAAUGAGGAAGAGGUCUACAUCACAGCCAAGAGGUUCCACCAUCACAAGAAGUUAUCCUCUCCAGCAGCCAAAUUUAGAAACUGAAAAUGCAAAUGCUACUGGAAAACUAAAUCGAGCUGAUAGCUUCAAGAAGAAGUAUGGUUCUGGAGAAAACAUGUUGAGGAAAGGUAUUUGGGUAUCUAGAAGUAAAGUUGUCGAUAGCAGUGGAAAGGAAAAUACAGAAGUUAAAACAAACAGCGAAUCCUAUAUUGACAAGCACAAGAAUGAUGAUACAACAAAUUCAGCAGAAACAAAGAACAAAGCCGGUGGAAAUGAAGACUUACAGAACAAGGGAAGUACCAAUUCUGAUAGUGAAGAUGUUGUUUCAGGAUUUCUGUAUGAUAGGCUUCAAAAAGAGGUCAUAAGUCUAAGAAAGUACUGUGAGACUAAAGAAAGCAGCUUGAAUGCUAAAGAUCAAGAAAUCCAGAUGCUCAUGAAGAAGGUUGACGCUCUUACAAAAUCCAUCGAAGUAGAGUCCAGGAAAGUGAAGAGAGAAGCAGCAGCUAGAGAAAAAGAAGCUGUAUCAGCAAAACUGAACAAACCAAAAAGAUUAGGAGUAUAA